AUGUUAAGUAAAUAUGCCGCGUCUCUGUCUAAAAGAUUAAUAAAUUCAGUAAAUUUAAGAUUUACUUCGCAGUUACAAACUGAUGGUGGCAGCUAUUUACAUAAUCCAGGAAGUGAACCUUUAACCAUUGCAACAUUAGGGGAUGUUAUAGCGGAAACAGCAAACAAGUACCCCGAUAGGAUUGCCAUUAGGUCCAUCCAUGAAGAUCUCUCUAUGACUUAUGAAGAACUAUUAAAUAAGGCUGACUCCAUAGGUUGCGCAUUAAGAGCAAAUGGCUUCGAAAAAGGUGACAGAAUAGGAAUAUGGCUUCACAAUUCUUCGGGAUGGGUGACUUCUGUUCUUGCGGCAGCUAGAGCUGGACUUAUAGCGGUUUUUAUCAACCCUACAUUUGAGAAAGACGAACUGCAAUUUUGUAUUAACAAAACACAAAUAAAGGGAUUAGUGAUUGGUGAUAACAUAAAAAACAUAGAUUAUUAUGGUGUAUUGAAUAAAAUGUUGCCAGAGUUACAGUCUUCUAAGGAAGGACUAUUGCGAUCAGAAAAUUGUCCGAGUCUGAGAUCUAUUAUUACAGCAGGCAAAAAAAAAUUGAAUGGAGUAACAACACUAGACUCUUUAAUUUAUAAUAACAAAAACAAUAGCGAAAUAACAAAAUACAGUAAUCAAGUAAAACCAGAAGAUAGUCUUUAUAUUUUGAUGACGUCGGGGACUACUGGAACACCUAAAGGCGCUCUGCAUUCUCAUAUUGCAGUAUUAAAUAAUAGUUACUUAUUUGGGAAAAGACUCGGCUUACAAGAACAACACCAAGUUGUAUGUUUACAGUCUCCACUGUUCCAUGCCUUGGGAUCUCUCCUUACGCUCUUAGGGCCACUGCGUCAUGGCUCGACGGUGGUCCUCCCAUCGCCCAUGUACAGCACUACCGCUAGCUUAAACGCACUAUGUGCUGAAAAG